CUCUCUCUCUCUACUCUCGCUCAUUUUCUUCCCUUCCUCCCUCCCAUUUUCCUCCCCUCAAGGCUUACAUAGCACAAGGCUUUUGACAGGGAUCAAGGGGGAAACAAUUUGGUUGGGCUUUACAGGUUUUCUUUUUCUUUAAUUUAAAAAAAAAUCCUUUUUUGUUUUAUGUUUAGUCUGAAGCAAAAAGAUUGUACUAGUCAGCGUUGAAAUGCUAGCUCUUAUCUUGUCUCUUUCUGUGUGUGUGUGUGUGUGUGUAUAUAUGAAUACACACGCAGUCUAUGUAUGUACAUUUUUGAGUAAACAAGAGUAAAAGUCCGUUUCAGCUGGCCUGAAGAUAUGAGGCCUUGGAGAGACUAUCUAUUUCCACAACAGCACCAAGUUCCUGUUACAUUACAUUUUGCUCUCUGCUGAUGGCAGUUGAUAAUUGGUAGCCACAGUCUGUGGUCUGAGCACAGCUUUUUGUCUAGCACCUGGGCUGGGCCCUGCUGAUAUACAGUGGAGUGAGAGAGAGACACACACACAGACAGAAAAUAAGCUAGCUGUAACUGUGCAACUCUGAGUGAGCGGCCUCAAGAGGAUAUUGCCUCACUGCAUGGAACUUACCUGAGGCUGUCUGGUGAUGCUGUGUGUGCUGGGGGGUUCACAGAAAGGCUUGAAUCCCUUUUCCAGAGGACACGAUUAUGUCCAGUGAACAGCGUAACAGUACAGCGUUGAAGGAUGCUCAGUUAAAAGACCUGUUAUUGGAAAAAGCUGAACUGGAGUUUGUUCAGAUAAUCAUUAUAAUCGUGGUGAUAACUGUUAUGGUGAUAGUGAUCAUCUGCCUGUUGAACCAUUACAAACUCUCAACACGCUCUUUCAUCAACCGACAGAGCCAAAACAGGAGGCAGGAAGAAACUUUGCAGCCGGAAGGGUGCUUGUGGCCUUCAGACAGCUCAGUCUCACGACAAGGUGCUUCAGAGAUCAUGUAUGCCCCAAGGUCCAGGGACAGGUUUACCGCUCCAUCAUUCAUGCAGCGGGACCGUUUCAGUCGCUUCCAGCCAACCUACCCUUACAUGCAGCAUGAGAUUGACCUUCCUCCGACCAUCUCCCUCUCUGAUGGAGAAGAGCCACCACCAUACCAAGGGCCAUGCACGCUGCAGCUCCGGGACCCAGAACAGCAGAUGGAACUCAAUCGAGAGUCUGUCAGGGCACCACCCAACAGAACCAUUUUUGACAGUGACUUGAUAGACAUUUCAAUGUACAACGGGGGCCCAUGCCCACCAAGCAGCAAUUCGGGCAUAAGUGCAACCAACUAUAGCAGUAAUGGAAGGAUGGAAGGACCACCCCCAACAUACAGUGAGGUCAUGGGUAAUUACCCAGGCUCCUCUUUUUUCCAUCACCAGCACAGCAAUGCACCUCCUUCAUCACAGAGGGGGAGCAGACUUCAGUUUCAGCAGAACAAUUCAGAGAGCACAAUAGUCCCUAUUAAAGGCAAAGACAGGAAACCAGGAAACCUUGUCUAAGUUACUUUCCCAGGUGCACUUGAACUGAAGACAAGAGAAUCAAACAGGAAUGUGGAGGAAAAUCCCCACAUUCCUGGGCACAAUGUUGUUAAGUUACACGUGGUACAACUUAGUAAAACCAAACGUGCAAACCAGUUCUUUGUUUCUGAUUCCUUUCAGGGGAAUUGCAUGCAAAGUGGAUUGAGAUAAUACAAACUUCCAUUCAGUUUGGCCAUGAGCAGUGUUUUGGGGGAAAAUAUAUAUUAUUUUUUUUAAAUAAACUAUUUGAAUUAUUUAAUUCUAAAAGGAAACUUAGCACAGAAAUUAGGCUUGUACAGCCUGUUUUAUAUUAACUGAAUGGCAGAAAGAAGAAAGUUUUGCUAGGUAAUUGGGAGAAGAAUCGGCCAGUUUGCUUUUUUCUCCCAAGGCGUGGAAUUUUUUUUAUAUGAAUCAAAAUUCCUGUUUUGUGUGCCAAGGUGUAAAGUUGAGAAAUUAGAUGAAUGCAAGGAGUUAAUUUGUGUUGUGAAAAAUGUGUUUUAAAAAGUUGCACUAUCUUAAUGUUUUAAAAAAUAUAUAUAUGAGGGAA